CACACACACCUACUGUAUAUCCACCUGGCAGCAGAUUGGCUUUCUGAUCCAAGUGAGAGAGAGAGGGAGGGAGGGAGGGAAAGAAAGAGAGAGAGAGAGAGAGAGGAGGAGGAGGAAAAUAAACUAUAUAGGAUGGUAUCAAAGACCAUCAGAGCCUGGCAAAUGCACUGACCCAGAGAGUGAACAGAGAGACAGACCAGCAGAGAGAGAGAGAAAAAAUCUUGACACUGUUUGGAGCUCCUCCACUGUUUGGCAGGGAAUCGAGCAGGAGUUGGGGAAUUCCUUGAACAAAGGAAAGGUGGAAUGAACAGAGAAUUGUUUGAUGAGAAUAAUAUUGAAGAUGCCAUUCUCCCUUGCUGAUGAUAUCUGAACUGUGAAUCUCUAGUAGUGGUUUGAAGGAGCUAUGCUUUCAGAUCGGUUUCUGGAGGUCAUAAACUAGAGUCGUCCUCUACAGCAUGUGUUUUGUAAAUGUGGGAUAGCAGAAAAAGCCUGAAUGUAAACUGCUGACAGACCCACCGAUAUGGUCUAGGAACUGACCUAGUGAACAACAUGAUUUCAUCCACUGCCGUGGGUAAAGAGAAUCGACAGGCCCCGAGGUUGUUUGGGGCAGAUCCUGAAACUUGCACCAUUGUGUUUAAGAACCACUGGGCUCAGGUGCUGAAGAUCUUGGAGAAGCAUGACCCGCUGAAGAACUCCAGCGCAAAACAUGGCCUGAUCCCCGCGGACGAAGCUAGCGCCGUCCAGAAUUACGUGGAGCACAUGAUCUUCCUGCUGAUCGAGGAGCAGACCCAAGAUGCCGCCAUGGGCCCCAUCCUGGAGUUCGUGGUGACGGAGAACGUCAUGGAGAAACUUUUCUUGUGGAGCCUGAGGAGGGAGUUCACGGACGACAUGAAGAUCGAGCAGCUGAAGAUGUACGAGAUGCUGGUCACGCAGUCCCACCAGCCUCUGCUGCACCAUAAACCAAUCCUCAGGCCCCUCAUGAUGAUGCUGAGCGCCUGCUCUGGGACCACAACCUGCGAUGUGGAGACGGAACUGGUCCUGCUCCUCAACCAGCUCUGCUCCAUCCUGGCCAGGGACACGUCCAUCCUUGAGCUGUUUUUCCACACCAGCGAGGACCAUGGAGCAGCAAACUUCCUCAUCUUCUCCCUGCUGAUUCCUUUCAUUCACCGAGAGGGAAUGGUGGGACAGCAGGCUCGGGACGCACUGCUUUUCAUCAUGUCCAUGUCAGCAGAGACCGACGUGGCCAAACAUAUCGUGGAACAAACUUACUUCUGUCCGGUGCUCGCAACUGGACUGAGCGGCCUCUACUCCUCACUGCCGACCAAACUGGAUGUGAAGUCUGAGGAGUGGCAUUAUCUGCAGCGGGAGGACUGGAUCCAGGUUCCAGCUCUUGUGCAGUUUAUGAACUCGCUGGAGUUCUGCAACGCAGUAAUACAGGUGGCUCAUCCCAUGAUCCGCAAUCAGCUUGUGAGCUACAUCUACAAUGGAUUCCUUGUGCCUGUCAUGGCUCCUGCACUUCAUAAGAUGACGGUGGAAGAAGUCAUGACUACAACCGCGUACUUAGAUCUGUUCCUACGCACUAUAUCAGAGCCGGCACUGCUGCAGACAUUCCUCAGCUUCAUCCUGCUACACGAGCAUGAAAAUGUCCAGCUCCUUGACACCCUCGUCUGCCGCAUUAAUACUCCAUUUCGGUUGUGUGUUGUAUCUUUGGCCCUGUUCAGAACUCUAAUUGGCCUGCACUGUGAGGAUGUAAUGCUGCAGCUGAUACUGAGGUACCUAAUACCGUGCAAUCAUAUGAUGCUGAGCCAGAGGAGCGCAGUUAAGGAAAGGGACUGCUACUCUGUGUCUGCUGCCAAGCUGCUGGCCUUGACUCCAACCUGCUGUGAUCCUGGCAUAUGUCUGGCCCAGAGAGGACAGGAGGACCAAUACCAGCUGAGGUCAAAACUCCUGAAUCCAUCGCACACUGACACUGCAGGCUGCGAGAAACAACUUGUCUGCGCAGAAAACACAGCGAACCAGCAUGAAGACAGAAAACCAUUGGACAUCAGUUACCUGCAGUACUUGUGGGAGGCCCGGGUCAAUAUUACCACUUGUUUAAAGAGCUGCAGAGGCUGGUCUGCACCUUAUGAUGGUGAAAAUCCAGAGGCUGAGACCACUGUCCCAGCGCUGCCAGUGGACACCAGCAAACCAGUCGCUCAAGUCCCCGGCAGACCCCAGCACAAAGCAGGGUCCAGGAGGCACAGACUUAAGAUCAAGUCUCCGAUGCAGCUGGACCUGGAAUGGGACAACAGCUAUGACACCGGAAUGUCUCCAGGCUCGGAUGAUGACCUCCUGCAGCCUUAUCUGCUCCAGGUGCCUGGGAGUGACGUACAAUCUACAGAGCCACCAAGGCACAUACAGGAGAUGAGGAAAAAUGCCAUCUUGCUGGUUAAAGGGUCCUACAUCGAGGAGUCGGACUUCCAGGAUGACAUCAUGGUUUACAGGCUCUGUGCUGAUAAAGAUGCUCAGGACGGCGUUGAGUCGAAUCCUCAAAAAGUCAAACCUUUAUCUCCUGCGAGCGGCACGGGUCAGAAGGUGCCUGUUACGAAUGGGCCCGUCAACAGGACGGUGCAGUGUGCCUCGGGCAGCACUGCCUCAGGGGAGCGUCUCACAGCGAGUGGCUGCUCUGAACAGGACGCAAAGACAGAGCAGUCAGGACUGAGAGAACAGAAACUGGAGGAAAUGCAGCAACGGUCCGUACCCAGUGUGAACCAGCGAAUCCUGAGCACGGGCGGCGACGAUUUCCUCGCCCAGUUUCAGGAUCUCCUCACAAAACCCAGCGCUAAUCCCGGCGACACAUUGAUGAUGAAGCUGACCUCAUCAGAUACCAACAUUCCUAUGGAAGAAGAUGAUGACUUUAGGAGCUUCUCCUUGGAGUCCCCAUAUCCAGAAAACGUUCCUUCUCCAUUCGGCACUAAAGUCCACCUGAUCUCCUCUGGAAAUCCUGCUCGAGUCCACAUAGGCCCAUUUACAGGACCAUUUAUCAGCGUUUUAUUGUCGAAGUUGGAGAGGAUGCCAGAAAACGAGUUGCAUGUAAAUUUGUUGCUGACAGGGAUUGUUGCUCAGUUGGCUUGCUACCCACAGCCUCUCCUCCGGUCUUUCUUGCUCAACACCAACAUGGUCUUUCAGCCCAGCGUACGCUCACUCUAUCAGGUGCUGGGAUCUGUGAAAAAUAAAACAGAGCAGUUUGCUUCUACAAAUGAAGACGUCUUAGUUCUCCUGCCCCAAGCUCGGGAUUACUUACUCUCACGGGUGUCAACCUCCACUUCAGGCAUGUUCAUAGCCAAAGAGAAUAAGCACAGUCAACGUGCUGCUGAGAACGGACACAAGAUCCUGAGUAGUCACCAAAAUGCACUGCAGCCACUUUCAAGCAAUCUACAACAGUCAGUGGCUCCUCCUCCCUCUCAUGUGAAAAACACCAUCCAUGCAGCUGUCAUCUUCACAGAAUUUUUGAAGGAACUUGCAGCAAUUGCACAGGAACAUUCCAUCUUAUCUCACACACCACUAGAAGAAUGUGAAGAAUAACCGAUCCUGCAAUAGCAAACCUUAAGGAAAUGUUUUUAAUCUACAAAUGUCCUAGUUUUUUUAAAAAGAUUUUUUUAAACAUAUCCUUUUGCUAAGAAAUACCUCUUAAAUUCGUGAACAACAUUUCCAAGCCUUAACUAUAGUGGAAGAGGUGCUGAGAAUGAUAUGGAGGAAAAAUUGGAACUGUUUUCUCGAACGAUAGUUCCAUGAUAUGGAGUUGUUUUCUACAAAUUACAAGUAUUCUGUAUUCAAGUUUGCUUUUUAAUAUGCAGCAGCCUUAUUUUAGAAUAUGGAAUUGAAACUAUGCAAGCUGCAAUGGAUGUAAAUUUUACAGAGGCAAAAAUGUAUUCAUUCUUUAAAUGGCAGAGGGUAUUAUAUUAUUUUAUAGUAAAUAUGAUUCUAUGUUUAUAGAUUUGAGGUGUGAACAUUUAUAAUGAUGAAAAACAAUCUAUUUAAAAAAACUAACAAUGAUCCUGCAAUGUUGCUCUGCAAGUGGUACCAAAGAUGAAAUGAGAGGAUAACAUUUCAGAACAAGACUUUGACAUUGUGAUAAGGAAAAUAAUCGUUCCACUUAAGUUAAAUUUGUCUCGUCUUUUCUGACUUGACAAAUUGUUCUCAAAACCCUAAAUGUGUAUUGGUGAUAAGAGGAUUUGAGUGUAAUUGUUCAGCUACUUUAAAGCAGCAGAUGUGGAUUUGAAAUAAGGUUUGCUCAUUGUGGUGUAGCCUCAAGCACAUUUUUAUGCUCACAAGUAGAUCUGUGUAUUGUAUUUAUAGUAGGUUGUUGUUGAUUUUUUUGGGGGGGAAAGAGAAACUCAUAAAUGGUCAUUCAUUGACUUCACUGUGUUAACCAUUUGAGUGCUCAAAUGUUGGGUCCUAACGCAUACUUCCUGUUUUGCCACUUGUUCAAAACGUACAACUAGAAUAUCAAAAAAUAUACACGUGUAUUUUGAUUCAUGAAUGAAGUAUAUUAAUUUGGCACUAAAAUCCUAUUCUACAUCUCAAAGGGUCAAUGGCAUUCAUAAGUAAAUUGUAAACUUCUUUCUGAAGAUAAGAUGCCUAAAAAAGUAAAAUACACACUAAACGUUGGCGGUAGUUUCUAAAAUGUGUAUCACUGUGGAAGCUGCCAUUUAUAUCUGGAGGUUAUCAAGGAUCUCUUUACUAGGUCUGGGACAAGUUUUAUUUUCAAGCACAAGUAUCUUGUUUUGUUCCUCAACCUAAAGUUGGAGUUCAAAAUUUUGGAAAAAAACUAGGCAUUAAAGUUUUCCAAAAAUGGUCAUUGAAUUGUUGAGUAAUUUUAUCAGCGUAUAAAUAUGGUAAAAGGUUCCUACAGUACACCAAUCAUCAAAUUGUAAAACACCCCCCACUUCUCCCCCAUUUUACUCCUCAAGAGUCCCACAGGCACUAAUCUGCAUCUCACUCAUGGUUACACAUCUUAUUUUGUUACAUAAUGCAAGAUGAAUUUAACUUAUAUAGCUAUUGAGCAAAUCAAAAGCAUGAUCUGCACGCACUGCAAUCUAUUUGUCUCGCAUACAUUUGUUCACUCCAGGGGCAACCAUCAUGAAUGAAUGCACCCGAAUAGAAACUAACCAAACUGAAAAGACUUGGUUGCAGGAUCAAAAUCUGUCAAUCCUACACUU